GCUGAAGAACCUGACAGAUGGGCAAUGCAUUUUGAUUCAUUUAAAAAACAGAACACCCACCCACCAAUUCACAAUCAAAUACAACAAUAUGAAAACCAGUUGCCAUCUCGAGACGUGGCUCAUUCAGAGGAACCAUCAGUAUCGCCAGCUACAAGCUACCUGCACCGCUCAGGGUCCGUAAUGCAAAAAUCACUUGACGAAGAUAAUGUUCAAGGCCAGAAAACAGGAUUUCUCCGUACAAUGACUUCUCUGUUGGAUCCAGUGCAGAUUGAAGAAAGAGAUAAGAAAAGGCUAAAACGGAUGGAACAUGAGAAAGCUUUAGCAGCACAAGUUGAAGAAAGGCGCAAGAAAAAACAGCAGGAAGAAGAACGAAGACUACGUGAGGAACAGGAGGAGGAACAAAAGUUGUUAAAAGAACGAGAGCAGAUACGUAAGCAGUUUGAAGAAGAUGCAUUUCGUCAGAAACAGAAAGAGGAAAUCGUAAGCCUCAAAACGAAGGAACUGUACCAGAGUAUGCAGAGGGCUCAGGAGGAGGCGCAACGUAUAAAACAGGAACAAAGAAUGCGCCAUUUAGCCCAGAAAGGACAUGACAUUUCUAAAUUGCAGAGAAACCUAAAUGGUGAAGUAGAACAACUAGACCAAAGAAGUUCUAGCCGUUUCACAGAUGUUACUCCAGUGGACCUUCGUAGUGGAACAAACAGUGCUAUGAAACAGACACAUACAACAUUGGUCUCCCCUAGAAAAGACACUGCGGUACAAACCGAUGAUGUAAAUAGUUUGAUGAAUGCAGGCUGGAAAAAAAAACAUAGAGAAGAGAGGUUAUGGAGAGAUUUGCAAAAUUAUUCACCAGAUAUUCCAAUAGAAUUCAAAGACAAAGGAAAUUCAGAUGUGCACAUGAGAACACUGGCAAUAAAGGAAAAAAGCAAGUCCAGCAAGGAAAAUAAAAACACUUUAACUAAUGAAAAUGACCAUUUAGCAAGAACUGAAAAUCAAGUGAAAGAAAGUGUUAAAAGACCAGACUGGAACAAGAAUAAACCUAACAAAAGAUUUCUGCCAGCUUCUGAAAGAUAUCCGAAGGGACUUCAGAAACAACGAGAGGAGAGUAAGAUCCGGCGACAAAAGGAGUUGCUUAAUUUGGUAGAGCGAAACAAUGUAAAUAACCUGCAGCAAAGAAAACGGACUUCUCCAGAAAGGACGACCUCUCCUGAUAAUAUCAUGGUUGCAGUAAUGAAUGAAGAGUCACAAGGAAAGCAGACGACCAGAAAGGAGGAGCAGCUCCAAAAAGUUGAUUCAAAUUUCAAAAGACCAGUUUCUCCACCAGUUCCUGCUGUCAAAAAUAGGUUGCAUCAAAUGGAGAAAAGGCCAUCUGGGAUCAGUAGUCACUUUGUGUAUAAUGGGAAUGCUGUCCAAGGGCAUACCUACACCUCUAAACAAAUUGAGGUAUUUCCUGAAAGCAGUGAACAGGCAUCUGAAAGACCCCCUUCUUCACACUUCAUCCCUUAUGUGCGUACAAAAGAAAUAUAUUAUCUGGAUCCUGAUGCACCUAUGUCCAGGCCUUCUACACAUGAUCCACAGUAUAGAUAUGAAG